AUGUCCAUUGAUAUCGUUCCUUUGGCGAACGCCGAUAUCUCCGGUGCUGUAGAGUGUGUUCAAAAGGCUUUUGCCGACGAUCCCUACUUCCGAUGGGCGUUCAAUAAUCCAUCAAAGUUUAAUGUCCAGAGGAAUGCGGCCUCCCUCGCGGCCCAUUUCCAGUAUGGUAUCAACUGUGGUUGUCCCAUAUCUGUUGCAAAAGUGAGCCAGGCUGCCGGGGACCGAAAGACCGACCAUGCACUCGAACUUCCACAAGGUAGCAUCGUCGGCGUCAGCUGGUGGUAUCCACCGCAGCCAGCCUACAUUCCCCAGACAUGGUCAGUCUGGGCGCAAGACUGGCUCCUCUCCUUCCGACAGCUCUUAAAUAACAUCCGCUUCUUGGGUCGCGGGGGCUCAAUGCCCCACGAUACUGGAUCUGGAAGAAUCAGUGUGAGCUCUGAAGCUCGCGGCAUGGGAGUGGGGAAGCGAUUGAUGGAGAGUGUCAUGGCGAAAGCAGAUCAAGAGAACAUGCCAUGCUAUCUGGAAAGCUCUAAGGGGCAGCCAAAUGUGACUAUCUACGAAAAGAUGGGAUUUCAACUGGUUAAGGAAAUUGAAUGCGCUGAAGGUGGAGAUGUCUGCAGGCUCUAUUGCAUGAUUCGGAAUCCCAAAUCCAAGAAUUAA